UGCCAAAGCGAGGAGCACCCCGAGCCCGGCCCGCGGCUCCCUGGGCUCGACCGAGCUGCCGCUGCCGGCCCCGGCGCGGCCCGCGGGGCGUGUCCCGGGCAGCCCCGCUCCGCCCCGGCCCGGCCUGGCCCGACGGGGCAGCGGCGGCGGACGGGGCAGGGCCGGAGCCGCGCAGCGGCGGCAGCGCCAUGGGGCUGGAGACGGAGAAGGUGGACACCCGCAUAUUCAUGGACGACGACGACAACUUCCCGCGGAGCGGCGGCCCCGCGCUGUCGGAGGCAGAGAAGUGCGCGGAGGACGAGCUGGACCGCGACCCCCACGGGCUGAACUCCCACCUGCAGCUGGGGUUCGAGGAUGUGAUCGCGGAGCCCGAGCUCACCCACUCCUUCGACAAGGUCUGGAUCUGCAGCCACGCUCUGUUUGAGCUCAGCAAGUACGUGAUCUACAAGGUCCUGACUCUGGUCCUCGCCAUACCGCUGGCCCUGGUUGUGGGGAUCGUCUUCGCGACGCUUAGCUGCCUCCACAUCUGGGUUGUGGUGCCUUUUGUGAAAACCUGUCUCAUGGUCCUGCCUUCAGUGCAAACUGUAUGGAAGAGCCUGACAGAUGUUUUUGUUGUACCAUUCUUUCAGAGUCUAGGCCGGUGCUUUGCCAUGGUUAAUAUACGCCUGGACCAAGAGUGAACAUCAGAGAUGUGACACUGCUGUAGCUGUAGCUGGUGUUAUACUUCUUUGCUAACCUAACAUUCAAGUACUUACAAUUCAUUCCAAACUGUUAAAUUACAAUGGCUGGUUUAAGUGGGAACAUGCUGUUUUUAUUAAAAUUCAUUUAUUAUCAGGGAGAUCCAUUUAAGAAUUAGUAGACAGUUUUCAUAGCUCACUAUUUUAACAGCAGAGUGAUUGUGGAGUAUAUUGGCAACACUUUAUUUUAAUGGUAGGUUGAUUGGUAGAUUACAGGAGAAUUCUCAUGGAGGAUUAAAAGCCACCACAGUGAUAAUGACUGGUGUUACUACUAUAAAUAAAUCAAUGAAUAGUCUGUGAUACCUUAAACAAAACUGAUCUCUAGGGUUUCACAUUGACUUCACUGCAGUUCCACCAGGGAUCAUUUUUGGCCUCGCUAUGCAGAAUGAUAAACCCAGUCCUCUGUUAUCAGCAGUUAAAGUGAACGUGACUCAUUGCAUAAACAUACAGGGAAAGGAACUGUUGUGUAAUCCUCCUAUACUGGGGGGGAAGCUCCCUAGAAAUUUAUCCCUUAAAAUAAGGUGUUAGCUAAUGAUCUGUAACAUUAGCUAAUCUGUAUAUUUUAUUUAAUGAGAGAUUAACUUUGCUGUAUAUUUUGUACCUUUGUAAAUGACAGUUCAUCAGGUUUUUAUGAAGCAUAGUUUCUCUAGUAUUUGAAUUCUAACCAACUUACUAAGCAUCAAGAGUGAGACAGUGCAAAAAUUACUUUAGAUAACUUAAAUUUCCUUUUCUAAAUUAAAUAGAUUUUGAGUGUUGCUGUGCAAUUCUAAUAUAUUAAUUAUAUAUGAUUGUGUGUAAAAGCAAAGAUUGUGUUUUCAUACACAAUUAUGCAAAGGACUUGGAAAUAUCUGUUUAUGAGAAAUGGUUUUUAUUAAAAAUUGUGUGUAAUAAAUGCUA